GUUGUUUCUUCGACGUGCAUCAGUCGUAACGUUCGAUUUACGUACAUGGCAAACGUCUCUCUUUACUUGUUUGUGUUGAUUUCAACCGUAUCGAUCGUCGAAUGUCAGCAACUCGACGACGAACAGGAGCAGGCUGUCACCAUGUUCCCGAAUGAUGAAAUUGUUGUUCGGCACGAUCAACAUCUGAUGUUGACAUGCAGAAUCAAAGGUGCCCAAGUGACCCGUUGUUUGUGGGAGAUCAACGGUGCUGCACCGUCAGACGUCCUCGAUAUGGCAUUCGAAAAUCGAAUGCAUCAAUCACAACGUUAUGGAAAAUGUCACAUUCUUAUGAAGGUGACGGAGCGAAAUAUCGGCCAGUGGACGUGUUGCAUGUUUACCGACCUGUCUGACAUUCCCAAGAAUGCCACCACUCAAGUUUCUUUAUUCCACAGAACAUCCUCACCGAUCGGACUGGUUACCAUCAUCAUAGUUGGAUUGAUGAUCCUACUUAGUUACGCGAGUGGUUACAUUCUUCAGAACACAUACCAGUCCAAUGUCCAAAGAUGGAAAGGAAUCUCACAAAUGGCGCGUCCUACUGCUACUGCAUCAACGACAGUACGUGGCAUGAAUAGCCAAGAGUCGUUACAAUGUGAGGACAGCGCGUAUUACAAUGGCGACAUUGAAAUGUCUCCAUCGCUCAAUCCAGCCAAAGAUCAUCACUGACGACCAAAACAAGACACACCGAAAGAAACAAAAUUCAUUUCAUUGUCGAUGUCAAUGACUACAACAUUUCGCGAAAAUAGAAUCAACU